CACCGGCCCCUUGGGAUGGGGGCAGGGCAGGGCGGGCCGAAGCGUGGCACCGCCUUCUGCCCAGUGUGCGCUGCGUUCCGCGCCGCGCCUGGCGUCACCAUGGGUUCCCUCUUUGAGCGCGCCGCGCUGAGGGCGUUGUUGUGCGGGCCACGCAUUCCAGGCCUGCUGGUGCGCCCCAGAUCCGGAGGGCCUUCCUGGCCACAGGAGCGGACCCUGGUUGCUGUGAAGCCAGAUGGGGUGCAGCGGAGGCUAGUGGGGACUGUGAUAGAACGCUUUGAGAGGCGGGGCUUCAAGCUGGUGGGGAUGAAGAUGUUGCAGGCACCAGAGAGCAUUCUUGCUGAGCACUACCGGGACCUACAGAGGAAGCCGUUCUACCCAGCCCUUAUCAGCUACAUGAGUUCUGGGCCUGUGGUGGCCAUGGUCUGGGAAGGGCACAAUGUAGUCCGCAUCUCAAGGACCAUGAUAGGACACACUGACUCAACCGAGGCAGCCCCUGGGACGAUCAGGGGAGACUUCAGUGUUCACAUCAGCAGGAAUAUCAUCCACGCUAGCGAUUCUGUGGAAGGAGCCCAGAGGGAAAUCCAGCUGUGGUUUCAGAGCAGCGAACUGUUGACCUGGGCAGAUGGGGGUAACCACAGCAGUUGCUGCCCAGCCUGAGGCUUUGAACUACCCUCCACACUUCAGGGUUCAUCCAUGAACAACUACCUCUGCCAACAAGAACUCAAGCCCACACCCUUCCCAUCUCCCAAACCACUCCCUGGUUAGACCUUUUGUCUAACUCCAGCCCAGGGGAGUCUAAGCCUCAACUUUAUGUGCCUUUUUGUAUCCUAAGACAGCACAAUAUUGGAUCAUAUCCUUCUAUACCGAAGUGCCAGACCGCUUUGGGACAUUGUCAGAGGUGAUUUUGCUUGCCCCAAAGGAGAGACAUUAAAAUUUUCUGAUUAAAAUGGGAA